AUGCGCUUUCGCACUCAUUUAAAGAAUACGAGAACCUUCUCCAAGUACGAUGUGGUCCGCUUCACCAUCAUCCCAGAUCAAGGCACACAAGUCUGGGCUCAAAUUCCAGUUAGCACAAUUUUCGACGAAGAAUCAUACCAAUUAGAAUCCAACUCUGACGCAAUUAACAUCGAAAUCAACGUCGCCGUCCUGAACCGGGCCUUGCGCUCCACAUUUGGCGCAUCAUCAUCUCAACUCCGCCUAACUAAGAAAGACAAAAUGCCUCUUCUGGCACUCACCGUUCUCACCACGGAAUGGACUGAGGGUAACAUGGCCCUCGCCACAGACGAGGAGCAGCCCGGUCAAAGUGAUGUCGUUGGUGACCGGCGCGCACGUGAACGUGAGACUUGGAUCACGCAGGAGAUUCCCAUCAAGAUCCUGCACGAGUCAGCCGUGGAAGGUCUACAUGAACCGCACUGUCCAGACCCGGACGUGCAUAUUAUCCUGCCUGGAUUGGCGCAGUUGAAGAGUAUCUCAGAUCGAUUUACGAAACUUGCAUCUACGGAAAAGGGUCGACAGGCUGGAGAGGUCGCCAAUAAUGCGCCGAGUGCGUCGGCUGUGGCUGGGGCCGGGGCUACAGCGUUAUCGACCAACUCGGCGCCGAAGCUGGAGUUGUCGGCGAAUAUGCAUGGGAAACUGAGGCUAGCGAUUGCGACGGAUGAUUUGCGGAUUGCGAGUGUGUGGUCGGGUUUAGUGAAUCCGCCGCUUGAUCCGGCUCACAUUAAUCAAGAGCAAUAUUCGCAGUUACCGAGUGAGAGAAUGCGGGGAGUUGGGGAUGAUGAUGAGUCUGGGUGGGCUAAAGUGCGGAUUGAUGGAAAGGAUUGGAGUCGGGUCUUGAGUGUAGGGAGGCUCAGUCCCAAGGUUGUUGCGUGUUUCAUUAACGAGAUGGCUCUUGUUCUCUACGUCUAUCUCCCGGGCAGCUGGAAUGGCGAAGAGUCAUGCCUCACCUACUACAUUAAUUCCUUCACAGCUUGA